AUGGGUCUCGUCGCCUCCAUUCCUACUCGGCUUCUGCUGGUGACAUGUGGGAAAGUCCUUGAACCGAAAGCGACGAGCGACUUUGAGCGGACAAAGCAACUGAACCAGCAGCAGAGCCAGCAGUUGGCUGAGGCCUGGCAGGAGGUGGAGGCUGCUCGUGGUCACUCACAUCAGUUGCAAGCUCAGCUGGAGGAGUUUCAAGAGGAGGUGUCUCUACAAGAAGCCCAGAGCCACGGAGACGCCUCUCUGCUGUCCGAGCUGGAGAGCUGCCUGGCCACAGCUCACCUGGGCGUGGAUAGAAAACAGAUUACUCAGGAAAUGGAACAUAUAUUGCAGUUACUACAGCCACUUACCCACAACGGCACCAGCAGCACCUUAACUCCAGACAUUUCAAAUGAACCGGGGGAAUUGGAAACCGUUCUGCAUCAGUUAAAGGCUGUGUCCCGAACCCUGGCACAAACAUGUGGUACUCAGGGGCUAAAUAAGGCUUUUGUUGGACCGGCAGCUGAUCAAUGUGGGAAGUGGAGUACGGCAGAAGAGCUAAGGGAUCAGAACAUUCAGCUGCAGAAUGAAAAUGCUGAAUUAUUACAUAAGUUGCAGUCUGCACAGUCCCAAGCUGCUGUGAUUCAACAGUCCAUCAAAGACCGAGACGAAGCCAUCGCCAGGAAAAACAUGAUGGAGGAAGAGCUGGUGAGAAGUAAAAACGAUAUGAUGUGUCUCAACAAUCAGCUACUUGAAGCAAUUCAACGCAAGCUCGAAUUGUCACAAGAGUUGGAGGCCUGGCAGGAUGACAUACAGAUCAUCCUGAACCAGCAACUCCGGUCCCAGCAGCAGACUAUAGUUUUCAAGAGGAGCCUGAAUGGAUUGAGAGUAAAACCCUUACAUUAUUAUGACAUGACUGACCAGGGCAAUAACAACCAGAACAUCUCCUGUAACCCAUUUGCUGCCCUUUUUAGUUCAUUGGCUGAUGCCAAACAGUUUGCAUCUGGCCAAAAAUCUCCUCCACAAUCUUCAGAACCAACUUUGGACCAAUCUGGGGAAAGCCAGUCUGAGUCUGAGAACUCAGUGUCGGACAGUGUUGAUGAAAAUGAUGACUCAGUGGCUGAGAUCAGCCGCUCUUUUAGGUCCCGCCAGGAACUUUGUGAACAGCUUAAUGUCAAUCACAUGAUUCAAAGGAUAUUUCUCAUUACACUUGAUAACAGUGACCCUAGUCUGAGAGGAGGAAAUGGCAUACCACCACGUUGUGUCUACCUGGAGGAGAUGGCUGCUGAUCUUGAUGGACAGGACUGGCUGGAUAUGGACAACAUAGAACAGGCUUUAUUUAAUCGCCUGCUCUUGAUGGAGCCUGGAAACCACCUCAUCUACAUGACCUCAUGCAGCGCCAUCAACCUGUCUGCUGACCGCGACGCAGGGGAAAAGUGUGUCAUUCCGUACCUCUUCGCUUGUUAUCUCAGGGCCAAGGAAGAGAUUAAAAAAGUACCGGAAAAGUUGCUAUCGUUUGCGGUUAGGUGCAAAGACCUUUCCAUUUCAAACUUGAAGACAGUUCUCCUUACUCCAGAGAUUUAUGUGAGCCAAAAUAUUUACGAGCAACUAUUAGACCUGCUUCUGGAUGGGGUUAGGGGAACAGACCCAGAAGAUGUUGUUGAGUUUGUGGAGGAAAUUAUAGUAGGUCUGGUAUCAGACCAAGAAGUUCGAAGUUUUGAAGAGGUCAUAGUACCGGUAUUGGAUAUUUUCCAUGGCCGGGUCAAAGACAUGGAUUUGUGCCAGCCUCAACUAUACUUCUACUUGGAUGUUCUUCUUUAUUUCAGCCAUCAAAAAGAUAUUGCUAAGGUCCUAGUGGAACACAUUCAACCGAAAGACCCGGCUAAUGGUUUGCAGUAUCAAAAAACCCUAUUGGGAGCAGUUCUUAACAUUUCCUGCUUGCUAAAAACUCCGGGUGUUGUUGAAGGGCACCGUUAUUUUCUCAACCCAUCUCGCUCCAGUGCUCAGGAGACAAAGAUUCAAGAGGCAAACAUUCACCAGUUUAUGGGACAGUUUUAUGACAAACUACAUCAAGCAAAUGCUGGCAGGACAAAGAUAUGGGCAAAUCAGAUGCCAGAACUCUUCUUCCAGAUGUAUGCCUCAGAUGCAUUUUUCUUAAACUUGGGUUCAGUAAUGAUGAAACUUUGCCAACCAUUCUGCAAACCAAAAUCUCCAAAACUGCUUACCUUUAACCCAACAUACUGUGCCCUGAAAGAAUUAAGUGAGGAAGACCGUUGCAAUCUAAAUGUCCAUGCAAGGGGUCUUGACAAAGAAACCUGUCUGGUCCCUGCUCCCACACAGCAGCUGGUGGAACCAGCCCAGUCUUACAGCCUUCUGACUGAAAACCUUAUUCUUACACAGCUCACAUUGCACAUGGGCUUUCACAGGCUUCAUGAGCAGAUGGUAAAAAUGAACCAGUCGCUUCACCGGCUCCAGGUGACGUGGCAAGACGCCCAACGCACAGCUGCCACUACACAACCUGCCAUGCUACAAUGCUGCCUUAACCUUCAAGCCUCUACAGCCUCUCUGUUGGUUCAGCUUGGAAUAGGAAACCAAGGCCCUGAACAUGCAGCUCUUAGUUUUCCGCUUCCAUCGCUCCAAUACUCCACACUGUGCUACAUCCCAGAAUUUUUUGCAGACAACUUGGGAGAUUUUUUUAUAUUUCUACGUAGAUUUGCAGAUGAAGUUCUAGAAACAUCUGCUGAAAAUCUGGAAGAGGUUCUUAAUUUCAUUACUGUCUUCAUGGGUAAUGUAGAGAGGAUGAAGAAUCCUCAUUUAAGAGCAAAACUGGCAGAGGUGCUAGAAGCUGUAAUGCCUCAUAUGGAGCCAAUAGCUUCGGGUGCAGUACAACCAAAUGUGUUCUUGCGAGAAAGGCUUUUCUUCUCCUAUAGACAUGCAGCCCAGCUGGCAGAGGCGCUCAUCACUGUGUUUGUAGACAUUGAAUUUACUGGGGAUCCUCAUCAGUUUGAACAAAAAUUCAAUUAUCGAAGACCCAUGUAUCCAAUCCUCAAAUACAUGUGGAGCAAAGAUGGCUACAGGGAAAGCAUAAAGUAUUUGGCAGACUAUGCUUCUGAAAAUUUGGAGGCCAUGAAUCCUCCUUUGUUCCUCAGAUAUUUAAACUUGCUUAUGAAUGACGCAAUCUAUCUGCUUGAUGAGGCAAUUCAGUAUCUGAGCAAAAUCAAGAUUCUGCAACUCGAGCGGGAUCGAGGAGAGUGGGAAAGUUUGUCCCCUGAUGCCCGGCGGGAGAAGGAAUCAAGUCUGCAGAUGUUUGGACAACUGGGUCGUUUCCACAACAUAAUGUCAAAUGAGACGAUUGGCACACUGGCCUUCCUUACCUCUGAAAUUAAGGGCAUCUUUGUGCACCCCUUCUUGGCAGAGAGAAUCCUCUCUAUGCUUAACUACUUCCUACAGCACCUAGUGGGACCCAAAAUGGGUGCUCUUAAAGUAAAAGACUUCAGUGAGUUUGAAUUUAAGCCACAGCAAUUGGUGUCCGACAUUUGUACAAUCUAUCUAAAUCUGGGUGAUGAAGAGAACUUUUGUGCUUCGGUACCGAAGGAUGGUCGGUCAUACUCCCCUACUCUUUUCUCACAGACAGUUAGAGUACUUAAGAAGAUUAACAAACCAGGUGAUAUGAUUGUAGCCUUUGGACACCUGGCAGAUAGAAUAAAGUCGCAUGCAGACCGUCAGCAACAGGAAGAGGAGACUUACGCAGAUGCCCCAGAUGAGUUUUUGGAUCCAAUCAUGUCCGCUCUGAUGAUGGAUCCUGUUAUUCUCCCUUCAUCUAAUGUCACAGUUGAUCGCUCUACAAUAGCAAGACAUCUUCUCAGUGAUCAGACGGAUCCCUUUAACAGAAGUCCUCUCACCAUGGACCAGAUUAGGCCGAACGAUGAACUCAAACAACAGAUCUCUCAAUGGCUGGAUAAUCAUAAGAAGAAUUCUCAAUUUGGGCCAUGUGGCUAA